UUGGCUAGUUCACGUUGUUCUAUGGUCUUUGCUGUAUGUUGUUCCUGUCGGAAUGGCAGGCGUUAAUGCUCACUGGAGGCCUCCUCGGUCCUGUGAGGAGUACUGGAGUGAGUUCAGACACUGCAGAAGCCUGUGGAAUCGCUUCCACCACUACUACACCUUCGGCUCCACCCCCAGCUGUCAGCAGUGGAAGGAUGACUACUACGCCUGCUGUGACUGGGAGAAGAGCCCCAGUGCUGAGACUAAGGCCCUGCUGCAGCAGAGCGAGAGAGCACGGGUGGCCAGGCAGAGGACGUUUGCUCCUGUGUGGAAACUCCGGCAGAAACCUCCGGCAGACUGGCACCUGCCUCUCCCCCAGGACACGCCCCAGGACUCAUGAAUCCUUGCGCACCUGAAGAUCCUGUGUGCCCAUCCACUUCAUUUUUGUACAGUUUGUCAAGACAGCCAAAAUGGCAAAGGACCAUGGUGAAUGUAACCCCCUUAUUUAAAUGUUCUUCCACUCGAUGUACAACAAUUUCUGCUUCUCAAUUUCAGGGUAAAGUCCCCCAGAGUUCACAUGUCUUGCAUGUUAAUGGUCACUUCAGACUGAGGUUACGGUCUCUGUAAUUAUUGUUGCAGGAUAUAUGGCUCUUUAUUUCACAAGACUCCUUGUGUACAGUGCGUUUUACAUCAUACAAAACAAUAAAUACAAUUUAAACAGG